AAAGUCAGCUGACGUCCUAAAAAAGCUCACAAACUCAAAAUAAAAACACUCUGUUGCGCUGCGAGUUUAUGAUGAAAUUAGUGAUUUUCUUGCAAUAAAAGCCAAAAAUCUGCAAUUAUGAAUAUCAAAAUGGAUAUAACUAGUACGGAUACUUACCAAAAGUUAUUCGCGAAACUAGAAAAUCCGGAUGUUACCUAUCAAAAUUUUGUCAAAAUGCUGGCAAAGUAUCAUUUUCAAGUUAAAGCUAUAAUACAGGAUAUUUUAGAAUGCAGAGAGUCGAUGGAGGCUUUGAAUAGUCUGAAUGAGAAAGGAAGAAUAAGAAUUGGUCAACUCAGAGAUGAAUUGGAGAGGCUAGAAUUGUAUGCCAAAGACUCUGGAGACCCUAAGUAUGCUGUUGAACUAGAAUCACAGAGGCAUCAAUUAGCUGGGCUACUAAAAGAAUUCAAAGAAGCCAACAUUAGUUCAAUGUUUGCGAUAGAGAAAGCUCAACGAGAGGAGUUGAUGAAGCCCAUAGAGAAUGAUGAAGGUGGUAUCCGGAACAGAAGGAAAAAGGUUGAUAGAGAUGGACUGCUCAAAAUGUCAUCUGGUGUAACUGAUCAGCUCCUAUCUAUUAGCAGACAAUUAGCAGACACUACCCAAAGGAGUCAAGAUACUCUGGAUAGCUUGGUGUCAUCCAGCUCCUCUGUGCAUGGAACAAAAACAGAACUUCAAAAUACAGCCAGCACAAUAACACAAUCCAGCAAGUUGCUGACCAAAUAUGGCCGGCGGGAAUUUACAGAUAAAAUCAUCAUGUUCUUCGCAUUCCUCUUCUUCUUGGCUGUCUGUCUGUACAUCGUUCAGAAGAGGAUAUUUUAGGCGGUUCAGUGACUAUUUAUGAAUAUGGAUUAUGACAUUAUUGUAUUUGGUAUUUAAUAAAUAUAAUUUAUUUUUUUUAUUCAUA